AUGCCUCGAAGGAUGAUGUCUCGUCCUUCCCCACUAACCAAGCCCAAGGAAGAGAGUCAGGCCUCUUCUCCUGCAGGCAUGGAAUAUGACAAUCAUUUGCCGGAGAGUAUUCUAUUCGUGGGGGGGCCGUCAGUCACGGCCGGUCCGCCACAAGUACCCAGCGGUUUUGACGUGAUGACCCUCGAUAUGAGCGAUCUUGUCAAGAAGAUCCAAGAACUGAGUCACCUUGGUAUCGAGGACAACAAGAUCGCUCUUCCAAAGAUCUGUGUUGUCGGUGAUCAGAGUACUGGCAAGAGCUCUCUGAUCGAGGGCAUCUCUGAAAUCCAAGUUCCUCGCAGUGCAGGCACCUGCACCCGCUGCCCCAUGGAGAUUAAUCUCUCGGAAAGUAAGCCCGGUGAAGGUUGGAAGUGUGUGAUUUACUUGUCCCGCCGGUAUUGGUAUGAUCCCUCAAAGCAGGUGCGAGCCGUUCCAAGAAGGGCUCAGACCCUAGGGCCCUGGGUGCCCAUCGGAGGUCGAGACGAGGAGGUCUUUGUCACUCUGACCGACAAGUCGCAAGUUCAGAACGCAAUCAAGUGGGCUCAGAUUGCCAUUUUGAACCCCAAGACCGACUCCCAACUCUACGUGCCCGGCAAGAAUCGCGAGACCGAGGAGUCCACAGCCGUCAAGUUCUCGCCGAACGUCGUUCGGUUGGACAUUUCCGCUCCUGGGUUCCCCGCCCUGUCAUUUUAUGACCUGCCUGGUGUAAUCAGCCAGCCGGAACAUGAUGAUGAAAAGUACCUGGUUGGUCUCGUGGAGAACUUGGUCAAGCACUAUGUCUCGCAAGAGAAUUGUAUUGUGCUCUUGACUCUGACCAUGACCGACGACGCCACAAACUCGAGUGCCGCAAGGAUCGUUCGCGAUAUCAAGUCGGCCAAGGAGCGUACUCUGGGCGUUCUUACGAAGCCUGAUCGAAUUUCACAGAUGGAGUCCUUCGAUCAGUGGAAGGAGAUACUGGCCGGUCACAAGUUCAAACUGGGUCAUGGUUACUUCGUCGUUCGGAACAACCAAGAUCCUACCAUCGAUCACGCCAGGGCCAGGAUGGAGGAAGAGGCGUUCUUCUCAGACCCGUUUUGGGUAGGACUCAAUUCCCAGUACAAGGACCGCUUCGGUGUUCGACGACUCCAGGCGGCCUUGUCGACUAUUCUGAUGGAUCAAAUCCAGAAGUGCCUGCCAUCUAUUAUCGCCCAAAUCAAUGAAAAGGCAGCUCGCAUCGAUGCUGAGCUGGAGACAUUGCCCGACCCACCUACCGAGAACUACCAACGUAUUCUCACUGAGAAGGUGACAACGCUUGGUUUAAAGUUCCGUGGAGUUUUUGAUGGCGGUUCUGGAUAUGGAGAAUCCAUCAAUAUGCUUCAAAAGUGCUGGAACCGACUGGUCAUGGACUUCCAGAGGGCUUUGGCGAUCACAAAACCCACACUCAUCACAGCCACUGCCUCGGAUGUCGAAAUCAAGCCUGAGCGCAUAGACUCUGACUGCGAGAUGCUCGCCGGCCCAUCGCCGCCACGUUUCAAGCGGAAGGCGCCGGGCUCAGAUGCCAAGUCGCCAGAGUCUCAACCCUCUGCGAAUGUGAUCACUAUCAAUGACCAAGGCUACUCGACCAAAGACGUCUUUGACAAGUGGAAUGGCCCGAGCCGGAAGUUCGCCCUCCUUGAGAUUCGAGAAAUCAAGGAAGAGUCUCACCAAGCUGGUAUCCCCAAUCAGAUUAACCCCAGUGCCAUCGAAACUCUGAAUCGCGCAAGCGUCAAGCACUGGGAUGAUCUGACCAAGGCUUUCGUGAUUGCCACCUGCAAUCUUGUGAUGAGGGUACUGGGUAUGAAUCUAGACAAGGUAAUUGCCCAGUACCAACAAACAGGGCUUUACCGGGAACUUCGUCGGGUCAUUAACGAGUUCCUCACCCACCUCCGCGCCGAAUUCCUGGAUGAUGCCAUGGCCCAUUACCAGAUAGAGUACGAGAAGCCGUUCACAAUGGCCCAGUCGCUUCACAGCGAAGCCCAAAAGAAUGCCCUUCGCGGAUUGAUACUGGGCCGAAACCGAUCUCGUGCCAGGGCUUAUCUCCGCGGCGCCGGAUACAACGCGGAAGAUGAAUCAAACAUCGCGAAGGUCAUCAAAGACCUUGCACCAGAUAGCUACACUCAGGAGAUUGAGAUGAUGGCGAGCUCGCGCGGCUACUAUGAACUUGCGAGCUCUCGUUUCUUGGAUGUCAUCUGCCAGUCCGCUUAUGCGAAGAUAUUCUACAAGUGUCGCGAUGAUUUGAUCCAUGUGAUCAAUCUCCAGCUGAACGCAAAUUCCGUGGAACGGUGCAUGGAGUUGAUGGCUGAAGACCCGGAGCGUCAGCGGCGCCGAAGUAAUUUGACCAGGGAGCGUGCCAAACUCAGCCAAGCACAGGAAUGGAUCAACUCCAUUCACCAAAAAGAUGAUGACGAAGACAUGGCCCUCUCUGAGGAUACAGUUGGUGAUGGUUUCUCACCAAUGGAGGACUGGACCGAUGAAUGUAUUUGA